AUGAUCACUACUCCCAAUACCGAUGGUAUGUCCCAUAAUUUUUUGAGACAAAAUAAUACUUCUCGUAGAACGGGACCUUGGGAACCUCAUGAAGAUGAAAGAUUACUAGCAAUUGUCGAAGAGUUGGGUGUUAAACAUUGGAAAUUAAUUGGUAUCAGACAUGGUUUACGUGACGGAAAGCAAUGUCGCGAAAGAUGGCAUAAUCAUCUUAAUCCAAACUUGACAUAUAGUCCAUUAACACCAGAUGAAGAUGCUAAAAUUCUGACGUAUUAUUCAGAAAUGGGUACAAAAUGGGCUUUGAUGAGUCAAUUACUUGGUCGACCUGCUAAUUUAAUAAAAAAUAGAUUUUAUUCUUCUUUUUCGACUUCUGGAAUUUAUUCUAAUCCAAAUAAGAAAAUCAAAUCUAACCAUGAGGAUACCCAAAAUUUUAACUCCUCAAAGUCUACUAUUAAAUAUGACACAACUUCCAAACGAAAGAAACAAUUCAAAUUAUACUCGACCGAAAAUCAUUCUAUGAAACAAACGAUGCCACCAGAAAUACAAUUUCAACGGUGCCUACAUAACCUAGAAGACCAAACUUAUUAUUACCCUGUACCAAUUAAUUCAAUAAAUUCUACAAAUCCAAUAAAUUCAAUAUAUUCAAUAAAUCCAAUAAAUUCGACAACAUAUUCAUCAAAUACAAUGAAUUCAUGGCAUUCCCUUCAAACUCCGGUGGCUAGUCCUGAACCAAAUGAAGUAAAUGAUAUAAAUUAUAACCAUUAUAACAAUUAUAACGAUCAUAACGAUCAUAACGAUCAUAACAAUUAUAACAAUUAUAAUAAUUAUAACAAUUAUAAUGAUUAUUGUCAUCAACAAGAUCAUUUUGUUAAUAAUAGUCGUGGCCAAUGUUCUCAACAACAAUUUCAACAAUCUUAUCAAUAUAAUCAACAACAUCAACAUCAUCAACAACAUCAACAACAUCAUCAUCAACAACAACAACUUCAACAUCAUUAUCAUCAUCAACAACAUCAACAAUAUCAUCAGCAAUUUCUUCAACAACCACAAUCACAACAAUUUCUACCACAAUAUCAACAGCAUUUAUUAGAAGAGAAUUAUUAUCUCAACGACAAUAAUAAUAACGAUAAACUUCAACAACAAAAAUAUUUUGAUCUCGAGAGAAAACAUUAUCGAGAACAUUAUCAAAAACUUUAUCAAGAACCAGGACAAUAUUUUGACCCAUAUCAUAACAAAAACAACAAUAAUCAUAAUCACAACAAUAAUCAUAACGAUCAUAAUAAUGUUCAUCACAAUCACGAUCAUAUAUCAUUAUCAAUUCCCACUCCAGCUUCAUCACCUAAACCUAUGAUGAUGAUGUAUAAUUAUUCACGUUGCUCUUCUUCUUCUCCCAAUUCUUCUCAUUCUCCCAAUAAUGUUGUUUUAGAACAAUUAGCUGAUUUGGCUAUUAAAAAUUCAAGUUCUCCCAGAGAUGAUACAAGUGUCAUGUCAAUUUCCUCUAUAUUGAAUUGA